CCUCCCUCCCAUGGGGGGCGCAUAAGACCCGGAGCCUUUCCUCCCCCUCCCGCAGGGAUCGGGCGGCUUGACCCACAACCUAGCAGAGAUGACGGAGUACAAACUGGUGGUGGUGGGAGCUGGUGGUGUUGGGAAGAGUGCAUUGACCAUACAGUUGAUCCAGAAUCACUUUGUGGACGAAUAUGACCCAACUAUAGAGGAUUCGUAUCGGAAGCAGGUGGUAAUUGACGGGGAGACAUGCCUCUUGGAUAUCCUGGACACGGCUGGGCAGGAGGAGUACAGCGCCAUGCGUGACCAGUACAUGAGGACAGGAGAAGGCUUCCUCUGUGUCUUUGCGAUCAACAACACAAAGUCUUUUGAAGAUGUUCACCACUACAGAGAACAGAUCAACCGUGUGAAGGAUUCCGAUGACGUUCCCAUGGUGCUUGUUGGCAAUAAGUGUGAUCUCCCCUCUCGGACGGUGGAUACUAAACAGGCUCAGGAGCUGGCCAGAAGCUAUGGAAUACCCUUUGUAGAGACCUCUGCCAAAACCAGACAGGGAGUGGAGGAUGCUUUCUACACCCUGGUGCGAGAAAUCCGAAAGCACAAAGAAAAGAUCAGCAAUGGGCGCAAGAAGAAAUCUUCCAAAAGGAAGUGUGUUAUCCUCUGAAGGGGGUGGGGGAAGAGACUUUAUUCCACAGUUGGGAAUGCAGAAAAACCCUCUGGAGUUUGGGGUUUUUUCCCUCCCAAGUUGCAAGAUAACUUCUGAAGGCCGUGUCCCCUCACCCUUUUUGGCUGGAAGAAGGCGGCAACGGAG